ACAAAAGCAGACUAGGUCCGGGGUGGAGGGUGGGUUACCGGCUCUAUAAGGGGAAGUCGCGACCACGACGUACUCCUUUGGGCCGUAGGGUGGACUUCCGUCACCAUGGAAACCCAUCUCUUCUCCUUUCCCACAUUCUCCUUUACGAUCAGCCAAGCUGUCGGCCUUGCUAGAGCCCUAGCAUGUGCGGGCCACCACUUGCCCCCUUCCCGGCCUGUCCUCGUUUGUCAUGGCAAAUCACCUGAAGUUCAUUGCCAGAACUGUGAUGGUUCAGGAAGGGAAUGUGGAUGGUGCAUACAGGACCUUGAACAGAAUUCUUACUGUGGAUGGGCUCAUUGAUGACAUCAAGAGGCGGAGGUACUACGAGAAGCCAUGUCGUCAAAGACAGAGAGAGAGCUAUGAGACAUGUCGGCGCAUUUACAACAUGGAAAUGGCACGAAAGAUUAACUUCUUGAUGCGCAAGAAUCGGUUGGAUCCAUGGCAGGGCUGCUGAGGCCAUUAGAGAAAAGAGACCCAGCGUGAGAACUCACAAGUAUGCAAUAGCUCUGUCUCCAUAGGUUUCUUCUAAGAACCUAAAAACUGGGACAUUUGCUUCUCUUUUUUCAGUCCUAUUUUUUCUUGCCAUCUUUUCCAUCCCAAUAUAGCCAAGAUACAUACAUGCAUGUGUAUCAGGUAUUCCCCCUCCCAAGCCAGUGAUAUCAUUAAAUGUUCCUCCUUGCAAUCAUGUGUCUGAUUAGUGAAAAACCCCACUGGAUUAUGUCUUUGCCAUUCUGAAGAAACUGGGAUGGGGCAGAGUCUUCAAAAAUGCAUGAAUGGAAUAUAACACUUUUAGUCCAUUCUUUGCUCUUUUAAUAGUUCCUAAUAAAGAACACUAAGGACUACAGAUAAAAAUGGUCCCCUAGUAUUAUUUGAAAAAGUCAUCUCUUUACUGAAUAAUUCCCUAAAGAAGAAGGGUAAAGGCUCGUGUAAUUGGAAUAAAUUAUAUUUCUGAAGUAUCCAA